AUGGACGUGACCUCAUCAUCCAACCAGAGCCAAGUCAAUGAUCAAUGUGAACAUAUUGAUGAAUCAGGCCACCUCUUCUUUGCACUGGCCUACAGUCUGGUGUCUGUGGUGGGUUUGGUCUUUAACAGCUUCACCCUGAAGGUUUACUUCUGCUCAGCUCAGCAGCAGGUGUCCAACAUCAUGAUGGUCUACCUGAAGAACCUGGCAGCCUCUGACUUCCUGCUCUGCCUCUGCCUCCCCUUUUACAUAGCCGACUACGUCAGCAGCUCCGUCACUCUCCGGCUGGUCCACUGCACCUUUGCCUCCUGCGUCUUUUACGUCAACAUGUACGCCAGCAUCCUGUUCAUGGGUUACAUUGCUGCCGACAGGUAUGUGAAGAUCAUCCAUCCUUUAAGAACUCACAUCCUGCGGACAGUGAAGGCUGCCCGCAUCAUCUCCAUGGUAACCUGGGUUUUCCUCCUGGCUGUUGUGACGUCCUACAUCACCCUGUGGUUCCUCACCAAGCCAGAAUGGACCUUUGUCCCUGACAAAUGUGACCGAUGGCAAAGCCCCCAGGUCAUGUUAUUGUACAAAAUCAUCCACAUCUGCUCCACUGCCACCUUCUUGUUCAUCCUUGUCUGCAUGAUCUUCUUCUACUACAGUGUCUCCCGCGUUGCGUUGCUGGCACAGCAGAGGCGGCCGCAAUCCUCCAGCUCCAAAAGAAAUGUGAAGUCACGCAGGAAACUGUUGGUGCUGGUCAGCGUCUUCUGUGUUUGUUUUGUGCCUUACCACCUCACUCUCAUUCCCUAUGCCUUACUGAAGAGGUAUUGCUCCUUACGCCUGAUGUUGCACUACCUGUUUGAGGGGACCAUGUUACUGUCAGUUCUCAAUGUCUGUCUGGAUCCAGUCAUUUACUUCUUCAGCUGUAAGGCCUUUCGGACCAAUCUGAACCUGAAGCAGAUGUUCAGCAGGAACAAGCAAACACCGAGCACAGAGACAAGAAGGAACGAGGGGCAGCUGAGCAUCAUCCACACCAACUGA